AGUGGAGUUUAAUACUCUUUUGGAGAGAACAAGCCUUUCGAAUGCUUAUAUACUAUCUUUUGUAAUUGUCUUUUGAUUACAUUUAAUCUUUCGAUAUACAUUUUCAUUUUACAUACAAAUUAUUACAUUCUUUACAUUUUCUGUUCAAUCUUUAGCAAUUUCAUCUAAUGGCCAAGCUAGUUCAUGACAAUUGGUAUCAAAUAUGUUCGAUUCUUGGUGAUUGAAGACACGUCGGAGGCCGCGAUAUUCAGAAUUGGCAUUCUGAUGGUAUUCUUGAGUCCAAGAACAGCAGCUGUCGAGGUCAGAGUAUUGCUGGAGUUCAACUAUGUCGGAAAUAUGCCAUACUUUAGUUUUUGCAUCGUAUGGAGGAGUUAGUUGAAGUAAUCUCGGAAUAUGAGAGAACUUGCCAUACAGUUCAACGCAGAUCUUGAACAGUUUAGAAACAAGUAUUUAGAGAAAAAUAAAAAAAAUCAGAUGAGCGUUGGGAGGCUUUACUCAUGAAAAUGUCUAAGAAAAAUUCAAAGACAGUCAAAAAGGAAGUCGUUGAUAAGGAAGACGAGCAUGAGAAUUCGACUGCAAUUGAGGAUGAAGAGACUACUCAAGAAGGUCAAGAAAAUGACCAAACAGCAACGGUGGAAUUCGUUUACUUACUUAUAUUUGCAAUUCAUAGCUUUGGGCGUGGGAGCACAUUCUCAUUGGGCAACCGAUGAGGAGUGUGGGACGUGGUGCAUUUGCGCCACCAGUUCUUCCACCCCACAUGUGCCGUAUGGAUCGCGGUGGUCCUUUGACAGACGCACAAGGACCCACACUGGAUCAGGCGUGGGGUUCUACCGUGAUCAAUUCGAUCUACUUCGAAUUGACCAGUUUCUAUGGGACCCUUACCCCGCUGAGGCAUACGCUGCAUUGCCUCAGCACUCAGGUAUAUUGUCAGGGGCAUGGAGAGCCUCUGUACCUUUGAUAUGCUUCGACAUAGUCGAAGUUCAUCUCCCUGAGCGCGUACUGCGCCAAUUUGAGAUGGUACAGGGCAUCCCACCGCCUUGUGACACAGUGGUUGUUCUCCAUCAUAGCUCACGCAAGGGUCGGGAGCCCAAGAACUGGAUGGAGGUGAACUGGCGCCAUAUAGCUCGUUGGGAGCACAGGCUAGAGCUACUGGCCCAAGGUGCGCCGAUUGAGGCAGUAGGCGCACCUACUUCGGCGGAUUACAUGUCGUGGUUCCUCUCCAUCACUCGUCGAUGGAUGACACCACGAGGUAUCAUCGCGGCAGCCCAGUACGCUCCCGCAGCACCGACGAUGACACGGUUUGCACAGGGCGUUGCAUCUGUCAUCAGCUCCACCCAGGAGGAGCCUAUACGGGAGAUUGCCCAAGACAUACUCCUAGGGACACAGUUUUAGCACUUCAUUCCAGAAGUCGCUCUGCCCGACUCCACUAUGUACGAGCAGGGGUCAUCUCCUCAUCAUUCUGACGUUCAUCUUGAGGAGGUAGACUUAACGUGCCCCGACUAUGGUGCCGGGUCCUCCCAGGGUGCUGGAUCAUCCCACUAUCAAUCGCCUCCCCUACCCGAGCGUCAUGCGACGGCUUCUUACUAUCGUAGGAGGCGUCGAAAACCGUCACAGUUAGACAGGGUACAGGAGGAGGAGUAGCAUUA